GUAAAAUAAGCCGCUUUUUAUUUUCCCUCUUUUUCUCUCUCUUUUCUUCAUGCGCCUUCGGCUUAGAAAUCUCCCCUAAUUUGCAGAGAUUUUCAUGUCCAUCUUGCCCACAAACGCCAAGGUAUCGUCCCCGCCGUUCAACAAAGCUUCUUCCGAAAACCCUAAUUUCGAUCAUGGAAUAUCUGAAAACCCUGGUGUUGAACCCUCUGCCUUUUAUGGGCAAGCUGAGAGCUCUGGAUCUGCUCAGAUCUCAAACCAGGAGCGCAUUGACAACGGAAGUUCCAGCUCAUUGGUUGGAACUCAGUCAGAUUCUUUUGCAUCACCCGGGAGAGUAAUGAAUGGAAGAAGCCCUGAUGCUUUGAAUGGCCCUCAUGGCCACAGCCAUGAUAUGUCUUCUUCAUGCAACACAUUUUCUCACAGAGAGUCAUCUUCCACAUUCAGAUGUGAGCAGCUCAAUGGGAGAUCUUCUGGAGCCGGCCCUCAACACAUUGAUAAAUCCUCUUCAGGAGCUGGCACUCAUCAAGGAAAUGCUAUUCAUUCAGUAUCAAGGAAAAACCAGACAGUCAAUGCUAAUCACUUGCUCAAUUUUCAUUAUGAUCCUAUUUCUCGUCCGCAAACCCGGAUGCCUCCUCCAAGAAGGCAACAGAAAAUAAAGCCAUACAAUAAGGAUCUAUUUCUCCAGGCUAAUUACAAGUUUGUUGUGGUUGACACUGGAAAUUCUGCACUCAAAUCCAAGGAUCCAGACAAAAUGUUACAGUGGGAAGAUGUGGUUUGCGUGAGGUAUUCUACCCCAUUUUCUGUACAGUGCCCUAUAUGCUUGGAGGAUCCUCUUUGCCCCCAAAUUACAACUUGUGGUCAUAUAUUUUGUUUUCCAUGUAUUUUGCGUUAUUUGUUGAUGGGCGUGGAGGAUCAUAAAGGUGACUGCUGGAAAAAGUGUCCCCUUUGUUUCAUGAAGAUAUCGUCUAAAGAUUUAUACACGGUUUAUGUUGACUAUGUCAAGCAGUACCAUAUUGGGGAUCACAUAGAUUUUACACUUUUGACUAGACCAAAAGAUUCAAUGAUUCCUUUUCAGAAAAAUCACCAUUGUGUGAAUGCUGUGCCAUACACCAAUGAUGGACUCUGUGACUUAUUUUCAAAGUUUACUUUGACAUUAGACAUAGGGCUGUCAUUUCAAGAAGCAAAACUGGAACUUAAUCAGUGGCUAGUGAAAGCAGAAUCUGGGGGAGUUGAUGAUUUGGACAAACUCCCAUACGUUUGUGCUGCUUUAGAACAACUAGAGCAGAGAGAGAAGUUUUGGACUGAACAUAGGCCUCUUAGUAGCAGUCCACCACAAAAUCAGAUGGCUUCUUCUUCUAAUCCUGGGACUUACAGAUAUACCCCACAAAAGACCCAAUCUCAUGCAACAAUUCCAACUUUAAGUGAUGGCAAUGAUUUCAAAGCUGGUGAUCAUGCUGGUAAAAUAUUACAUACUGGUCACAAGGAUGAACUAAGUGAAUCAGAUAGUUUGCCUCUGACAGAAGCAAAUGGUGAUAAAAGUUCCAUACUGUUUGGGGAUGUGCCCCUGGCAUCUGAAAGCGAGGAAAAGGGUAUUGGUUCAUACGAUGAAGACAAAGGUUUCCAUAGGCAUUCUGAUGGACACAAAAAUAACUCUGAGAAGGAUUCAUACACUUUCUACCAGUCAGAAGAUGGUCAGCUCCUUGUACCCCACCCACUAAAUAUGAAGUGUCUCCUUCGUUACUACGGGAGCUAUGAUUUGCUACCAUCCAGAAUUAGUGGAAAAAUUUUAGAACUGGAAACAGUGACGCUAUCAGAAGUUAUGAGAAGGCGCUUUCGUUUCUUAAGCCAUUUAUCUUUGACGACUACAUUUCAGCUGUGUGAAAUCAAUUUGCACAGUAUAUUACCUCCUGAUGCUUUUACACCAUUUAUGGAUGAAAUCAAGACGCGAGAAAAUCAACGGAAACGUCAGGCUAAGCAGCUUGAAAAGCAGGCCAGGGCGAAGGCCGCUGAAGCUGUGCCCGUAACAUCUCAUUUCCAACAUUCAAGUUACAACGAAACAACAUUCUCUAUGGAUGAUUUUGAAGCUUUGGGGAGCUCAGCAGCAUUAUCCACAAGUCCUCCUGUUGUUGGUGGAAGGAAAUUGUUCUCCCAAGUAGCAAGGUUUGGUUUUGCUUCUGGGCAUGAUUCUCCAUCUCUGAGACUUGGUGACUCGAGCGGCGUGUCUACGAAUCACACCGAGGACAAUUUGUCCACCCAAACUGGCUCUGGGAACACCACAAUGCAGUCCUUUGCUGGUAUUAUAGCAUCAUCUGCCAAACCCGCAACCUUAGAAGUCCCAAAGGUAAAUGCCCUAAGAAAGAAGGGAAAGAAGCAAACACGGGUGCUUCUCUCUACUGCUGGUGAUCGUCGCUACUGAUUUAUCUCUCUCACGCUCAUUGCAUGGAUGCUGAAUGCUAUGAUCGCUGUAAGUUGAAGUGUUCUAGCUGUUGAGUGAUAGCCAUGGCAUAUAAAUGGCAUUUUAGUUUUUUUUUUUUUGUGUAUUCCAGAGGGCCACAAUUUUAACUUUUCUGGUGUUCUAGUGGAUUCUGAAACUGUGGAAAGAGAUGAUAAAGCCCUCGAUUUAUUUUUAGGGGUAGAGAAAGCA